UGCUCCAACUCUGUGGCCGCUGACUGGCUCAAACAAAGAUAGAAUCUCCUCCCAUAAGAUACCAAAUGGCAUCUCAAGUUAACCACAAAGAAGAGACAUUUGAUUCUCAUUUUCCAUGGAUUCAUCGAGAUAAUUUCCCCCCAGCAACACAAUUGGGAUCCAAAUCAAAACCUUGUGCUGCUGUUCCUAUUCGUUCUGUUGCUCCGACAGGUGAACAAAAUGUGGAUGUCAAGUUCAAGGCCAAAUCACAGAAGAUGAAGAAAAACAAGAAAACAUCUAUGAAUGGAAUUCGUGAAACUGUAUCGGAACUUUUGAAAGAGAAACGGUUUGAAAAUAAGUCUUCUGCCUCUAAAAAACCUAAAGGAGAAGCUAAAUGUGGAGAAGCCACUGUAACAAAGAAUCCGAGUUCAGUUUACGGUCGAGCUAGUGCUGAUUUUUCUGGCCUGCCACAGCCGUUUUGUUCCUGUACAGGUGUUUCUAGACGGUGCUACAAAUGUGGUGGUGGGUGGCAAUCAUCAUGCUGUACCACCUCCUUAUCUGAGUAUCCGCUCCCAUUCAAUCCCUCAAAGCCUGGGAAUCGUAAGGCUGGGAGAAAAAUGUCUAAUGGAGCAUAUAAUAAGCUUCUGUGUACACUUGCAACUGAAGGUCAUGAUCUUUCUAAUCCAGUUGACCUGAAGGACCAUUGGGCAAAACAUGGUAGUAAUAAGUUUAUUACUCUCAAGUGAACACGAGGAAAAUUGACUCAAUGUGUAUUAUGUAUAUAUUAUUUUGCCCUCCAACUGUUGCUUCCACCGGUAAGCAUUAA